CUUCCAAAGCAAUUGACGCCUUUGAAAUGGAUUCUUCUCUCAAUAAGGAUUCAUCUCCGACUGAAAUCCCAGAAUGCAUCACCGGAAGCCCACAAACAAACUUUCAUGAUUCAGCUCCGGAAGUAACUGAAACUGUCGAUGGACAGGACCAGUCGUCCAAUCCUGAAUCGAGGGACGAUGCCAGCGCCGGCGAGAAACGCAAGCGAGAGGACCAAGACACUGCCCUCCACCCUUUGUGGAAAACUAGCCUCUGCUCUUACUUUAGGCGGCAGGCGGGGUCCUGCAGCCAUGGUAGCAGCUGCAGGUACGCCCACGGUGAGGAGGAGCUGCGGCCGCGGCCGGAUAAUACGUGGGAUCCCACGUCCGAGCGGGCGAAGAAGGCAAUGAAAGUGGAUAAUGGGGACAAGUGUGAGGUGAGGGGAGGGGAGGUUCUGAUGACUGAGAUGGUUGAAGAUGGUGAUGGUGAAGACGGUGGAGAUUCUCAGCUUAGUAAGUGCCUAGUGCAUCUCCCUAGGAAAUGGCAUUCGGAUAAUCUGAGGAAGUUCCUCAGUGAGCAAGGAGUUCUUUUUAAAUCAGCAAAGAAGAAGAAAGGCAUGGUUGUAGGUUUUGUGAGUUUUGAAAAUGAAGAACAGUUGCAAACUGCAAUGGAGGAGCUGGUGGGAAAGUCUAUUGGGAACAAGAAUCUAAAGGUUGCAGAUGUGAUACCCCAAUCAUUUGGGAAGAAAGUGAAAUCAGCAACGGAUCUACCACAUAACUCUGACCAAACUAUGGAAGAUGCAUCAGAUAAGGAGAAUGCAGGUGUCUCUGUUGCUGCAGUUGAGGUUGAGGAUGGCACUGCAAAUGAUGAUCCUUCAGCCUCAAGAGCAAAAAGUGCUCGUGAUGCAGUGACUCCCUUUGCUCAUAUGUCUUAUGAUGAUCAGUUGGAGCACAAGAAGAACUCUGUCAUUCAGAAUCUCAAAAAACUUACUAGAAAUGCGCGUAAAGCUUGUCCCAAUGGUGUUUCACUUCCAGAAUGGAUUCUCAAAUCUAAGGAGAUCGGUGGUCUUCCAUGUGAACUGGAGGGUGUAAUGAAAUCGCCAUGCAUUAAUGGAUACCGCAACAAAUGUGAAUUCUCUGUUGGAUAUUCCCAACAAGGCAAACCAACUGUAGGGUUUAUGUUGGGAAACUUCAGGGAGGGAGUGACAGCAGUUGAAGAACCCACAGGUUGCCCAAAUGUUUCAACAAUUGCAUGCAAAUAUGCUUUGAUCUUUCAAGAAUUUCUGCAGAAUUCAAGCUUGCCAAUCUGGAAUAGAUUUAAAAAUACAGGAUUCUGGCGUCAGUUAACAGUCCGAGAAGGAAGAUCAGCACGGAAGGUCCCUGCUGACAAUUCUGAGGGCAGCAUCUCAGAGGUCAUGCUUAUUGUUCAGGUUUGUUCUGUUGGCUUUGAUGAUGCCCAAAUAACCAGUGAAUUUGAAAGACUAGCUAAUUCCUUUACAGUGGGUGCUACUGCAAAUAGUCCUAAUCUACCUCUCACUGCUUUGGUUGUUCAGGAUCACCAAGGAAUAUCAAAUGCACCACCAGCUGAUGCUCCACUGCAUUUGUUGCCCAUUCCGAACACAGAAGGUAGAUCUGAACAGGAGACAGUUGUGAAUGCUGUAGAAGCAAGAAUUCAUGAUUAUAUAAGCGGUCUUCGUUUCUCUAUAUCUCCAACAGCAUUUUUUCAGGUCAACACCCUUGCCGCUGAGAAACUAUAUUCACUUGCUGGGGAUUGGGCUCGAUUAAGUCCUGAUACCUUGUUAUUUGAUAUAUGCUGUGGGACAGGAACAAUUGGUCUCACUUUAGCUCAUCGUGUUGGUUUGGUUAUUGGCAUUGAAAUGAAUGCUUCUGCAGUGGCAGAUGCUCACAGGAACGCUGAGAUUAAUGGAAUAAAAAAUUGUAGAUUUAUCUGUGCAAAGGCAGAGGAUGUGAUAGGAUCUCUAUUGAAAGAGUACCUGAAUAUGUCUGAAAAACAAGAUCAGCUUUCCGUUGCCUGCAAAAGUGCUGAAGAAACAAUUUCCCCAGAAGAGAAAAAAGAUCCCUCUGUGGAUAACACAAAAAGUGCUGAAGAGAGCUCCUGUUGUGAGCCUCAAAAUCACAAGGAUCUCUCUGGCAGUUCACAAAAUGGUGAAGAAGAGCUCCAGAUUCAACUUCAGAAGAGCACCUCUUCAAAAGAUGAAAAUUCUUUGAUGACUACCUUUAAAAAUGUUGUUGCAAUUGUUGAUCCUCCACGUAUGGGGCUUCAUCCCAUUGUAAUCAAAGCUUUGAGGACUCAUCCAUGUCUACAGAGGCUUGUGUACAUUUCCUGCAAUCCCGAAAGCCUAGUUGCAAAUGCUAUUGAGCUCUGCACACCUUCUCCUCCAAAACUUGAGAAAGGGAAGAAAGAUAACAGGGGCUGGAGGAAUAUGAGCAGUGCUGGAUUAGCACGGCACAGAGUAAAAUCUAUGCCUAUAUCAGAGCCUUUCUGUCCUGUAAAGGCCAUGGCUGUUGAUCUCUUCCCACAUACUCCCCACUGUGAAAUGGUGAUGCUGUUGGAGAGGUAGAUUGGCCAGAACACUGGUGAUGAUUUUAUAUUCUCUGAGGCAACCAUGACUAGAAUUCAACAGAUAAGUUAACCAACAGAAAUUUUGAUAGUGGUAGCUUCAUAUUGCUUCUUUCUCAUUAACCUUUACAAAUUUGCCUCAACUUUUGUAUUUAAGUAUAUCAAAAUGCUAUAGUAAUUAUUCUAGUCAGAAAUGGAAUUCUCUAUUUCCUGUUUCUCCCACAGUACACUUUUAGCUU